GGAAGUGGGUUUUCUUGUUUUGGCUGCGUUCGAGCCGGUGACAGCUAACCAUGGCAAGUCAGAAGAUUUCGGAGUGAAUCAUCAGGGCAGUAGAAAUCGGACCAGACUUGACAGGAGUGGGUCUCAGUGGCACCAUGGGCAGACGGAAAAUUCCAGAUUUGUACAGAGCCCCUUUCCCCCUUUACACGGUGCAUGUGCACCCUGAAACAGGAUUGGUUAUCACAGCAGGUGGGGGUGGGGCUUCCAAGACAGGCAUUAAGAAUGGGGUGCACUUCUUGAGUUUGGAGCUAAAUGGCGGCCAGCACAGUGCCACUCUGCUUCACUCUCAUGACACAGACACUCGUGCCACCAUGAACAUGGCAAUAGGGGGCGGUGUGAUGGCAGCAGGGCAGGAUGGGAAUUGCAGUCUGAUGCGCUUUCAGCAACGGCCUCUGAAGGAUGGACGCAAGGCUGAAGCCAAAGGAGCAGGGGGUGACAGUGAGCAGGCAGCCCCCAGAAGGCGCGGGGGGCGUCGCCAGGCUGGAGGGGGCGGUGAUGAGGCAGAGACGCGAGACGAGACCCCCCAGAUGUCAGUGGAGACGGUGGGGGAGGUGUGCUCAGACCGCAGCCCCACUGACGCAUUGCAGAAGGUUGUGAGGUUCAGCGCUGACCUCAAACUGCUGGUGACUGGCGGAGCUGACGGACACGUCCGUGUGUGGGAGUACCCUGCCCUGAAAGAGAAACUGGAUUUCAAGGCUCAUGAUGGGGAGAUUGAAGAUUUGGACAUUAGUCCAGAUAACAAGGUCGUGACAGUGGGGCGGGACUUUGCGUGCUGCGUGUGGAGCAAUGACCAGCUGGUCGUGGGACUGCGUUGGCAUGACAACCUGCCUCACAUCGCCGACAAGAUGUACCGCUACCAGGCCUGCAGGUUUGCAAAGGUGGAGGAUCAGACGGAUGCUCUGAGGCUCUACACGGUCCAGAUCCCUCACAAACGCGACCGCCGACCACCCCCCUGCUACCUCACCAAGUGGGAUGGACGGAACUUCCUCCCCCUGCUCACCAAAACCUGCAGCACUGAGGUCAUUUCCUGUCUGGCUGUCAGUGACUCUGGGACGUUUCUGGGGUUGGGAACAGUGACAGGAUCAGUGUCUAUUUAUAUAGCCUUCUCACUGCAGAGUCUUUACUAUGUUCAGGAAGCUCAUGGUAUUGUGGUCACUGAUCUGGCUUUUUUGCCAGAGUCACCACAAUGCAGGGCGAUUCUGGGGAACAACGAGGCGGCCAUGUUGAGUGUGGCGGUGGACAGUCGCUGCAAGAUGCACGUUCUACCCAACCGGCGCUCUUUCCCCAUGUGGCUGGUGCUCCUGUUAUGUGCGGUUAUGGUGGUUGCUGUGGUCCUCCUCCUACAACACGCCUUCCCAGGGUUCAUUUAGGCCAGCGCACAUCUCAGCGAGGGGGGAGGUCCCCCUGCCUCAGAAUGGGGGUCUGAGUCGAGGGACCCAGGACUCAGCUACAGUCACCGUCUGGAGAUAAUACUGGAAAUAUUCUCGCUAAUAAUGAUAAUAAUGAGAAGGAGAAUAACAAAAUUUAAUGCAUUUUUAUUUCUGUAAUAGCCACAGCCAGUCAGUGCUUUGAAUGCCACUGUGUCAGCAUGGUGUGAGAGCGUACUUCAGGGGCCUGUAAAUUCAGGUGCAGAUAUGUGUUUCUGCUUCCACCAGCGCUGAACCAAACCUCUCCCCCCACAUACAUACAGCAUGGAAACAGUGGACCAUAAGAGACUUUCAUUUUUUACUGUAUUAUUAUUAUACAGGAAUGCUUUCCUUUUUUUGGGGGGGUGUUAUUAAAGACUGUCCACUCCAGUAAUCAAGCCACAGAUAGGGGUGGGGCAUGCAUCCUUGGCUGUUUUUAAAUAUUUAGAAGAUUAAAAAUAUCAUGACCUGUUGAUAUUGGGUCAGUCUCUAUCUUUAGCAGACAGGGACAGGCUGACUCUCUCAGUGACUGAGCUCUGUAAGGUCAGAGGCUGUGAUCAGUAUCUGUCAUUUCUGUCUGUCCUUAUUUGUAAUUUUUCACUUCAGACAAACGUGGUUCCACUGUGGGAAUGCUCAUUUGGGAGGGCUGAAAUGUGACAUUAAUCCACAAUGGAUUACUUUGUCCACUAGAUGGCAGCAUGGCCCUGCAACAAGGACAUUUCCACUGAUGGGCACUACAGUUUGUGUACAGACGGAAAUGGUUUGUGAAUUUCGCAGUCUUUGAUCCACAUGUAUUACUGUGGGUAAGAUGUCUUAGUCAUUUUUGAAAUAAAGG